AUGACACUUCGUCUUCCAAAGUGGGAAAAUAUGAUUUUGUUAUUAAAGAAAGGUGUAUUUCAUCCCAAAUUUGUUAAUAGAAUGUACAAAGGAAUGCCUGAUGAAGUACGUAGUGAAGUAUGGAAAUUAUUAUUACUUAAAGAUGUAGAUUAUGAAACAUUAAAAGAUGAAUUUAAUAGAUUAAAUCAACCAUACACAAAAACACCUAUUGACAAACAAUUGGAUUUAGAUGUAAAACGAACAUUUCAAUCACAUUAUACUUAUAAAGUACCAUAUGGAGGUAAUCAGAAAGUGUUAUUUAAUAUUUUUCAUGCACUAGCUUCAAGAACAGAAAAUUUAGAAUUUACUCAAGGAAUGACUUGUGCACCAUCUAUUUUAACAUUAUUUCUUGAUGAAUAUAGUUCAUAUGCAGGAACUGUUCAAUUUUUAGGGGAAAAAUAUCGUUUAAAAGAAAUGUUUAGUAAUUUUAAUUUACUAACACGAUGUUGGACAUCACUCGAUUAUUAUUACAAAAAGAAAUUCUAA